AUGGCCACAACAGCAUCACAACAGUCGCCUUCGCUGGUGCGAAGCCAUUCGACCUCCCGUAACCCUCCCUCUUCCUAUGCGUCCACCUCACCCUCGCAACCCAGCAGGACGCGUUCCACGAAUACCAGACCUUCGAAUCACAACCGCUCUACCUCCAGAACCCACGAAACCCCUCCUCAAUCUAAUCCUACUGCCCUUGCAAAUGUCGCCAGGAGAGACUUUGAACAGUCGAAUGUCGCUCGCACAACUUCCUCUCGUCGCAGCACCUCUAGAGAUGGGAGAGGCGAAUAUCAUACAGAGGCAUCCGCUCACGGACGAUCUUCAUCUCGACCUGGAUCCAGACGCAACAGUCAGGAUCUAACUGCACCUACGACAGUAAACGCCAAUGGAGCAACCCCACAAGUCCCUCCUAGCACCACCUCACGGACCGAAACACACGCCUCGCAAACCUAUCCCACGAUCGGUCGGAGACGAACAUCAAUAACAUGCCAGACAGGAACUUGGUCACUGGGGAAAACAAUUGGUCAGGGUAGCAUGGGGAAGGUCAAGCUGGCAAGAAACACGGAGACCGGAGAACAAGCAGCCAUCAAGAUUGUCCCACGCCAGGCGGCUGACGACCAAGGGAAUCCUAAAGAUGAGCGUGCUGAUCGUUCGAAAGAAAUUCGAACAGCGAGGGAGGCAGCCAUGGUGUCACUGCUAUCUCACCCUUACAUUUGCGGAAUGAUCGAUGUCCAGAGGACGAACUACCACUGGUACAUGCUUUUUGAGUAUGUGAACGGCGGGCAGAUGCUGGAUUAUAUUAUUGCUCAUGGCAGGCUGAAAGAGAAACAAGCACGGAAGUUUGCUCGACAGAUUGCAAGUGCGCUGGACUACUGCCACCGAAACAGCAUUGUUCACCGGGAUCUCAAGAUCGAGAAUAUUCUUAUCAGCAAGACCGGGGAUAUCAAGAUCAUCGACUUUGGGCUCAGCAACCUCUAUUCACCUCGUUCACUUCUGAAGACAUUCUGCGGAAGUUUGUAUUUUGCAGCACCGGAAUUGUUGCAGGCCCGGCAGUAUACUGGUCCUGAAGUUGAUGUAUGGAGUUUCGGAAUUGUUCUUUAUGUCCUCGUCUGUGGCAAAGUGCCAUUUGAUGAUCAAAGCAUGCCUCAGUUGCACGCAAAGAUCAAACGAGGUAUUGUUGACUAUCCACAGUGGCUUACAGCUGAAUGUAAGAAUAUCAUCUCGCGCAUGCUCGUGGUAGAUCCUCGAGAUCGAGCCAGUCUUCAGGAAAUCAUGAACCAUCCUUGGAUGACAAAAGGCUUCAAUGGCCCACCGGAUAAUUAUCUCCCACACCGGGAACCACUUCAGCUGCCGCUCGAUCCUGAGGUCAUUGACAAAAUGCAAGGUUUCGAUUUUGGGUCUUCGGCAUACAUCACUGAGCAGUUAACCCGCAUUAUCGAGUCAGAGGAUUACCAGAAUGCUGUAAGGAGAAGUGCGAAAGAUGAUUACAGCCACACCUCGAACAGUGGAGAGAAGAAGCGUGGAGUCUUCGACUUUUAUAAACGACGAAAUUCAAUCAGCCGCGAAGGUCUUUCGGUGCCAUCAUCUGAAGCCAUCAGAGGACAUGACCCCAUCAAUGCCUACAGCCCACUGGUCUCUAUAUAUUACCUUGCACGUGAGAAACGUGACAGAGAGCGACAUCAGCCAAAUCCUGGCGCGCUGGCCAUGCCUAUGACGGAAAAGGAGGCGCCUCUCAAACUUCCAGGGCUACCUACACCGGAAGCUGCUCAUACAAACACCUUUGCACCAGAAAUGCCUGGAGAAAGAGCCACCGGUGGCCGGGCAAGACCGCGGGCUCGAACAAAUGGUGAGGAUGACAUACCGCACGUUGCGAAGUCGUUGGAGGCUGCCGAGAGAAAACCAGCUCCAAAUGUGGUUCCAUUGCAUGCAAUUCCUCAACCUGAUCAACCUGUGAAGCGCGAGGGGACGGCCUUGGGUCUUCUGCGAAGGUUUAGUACCAGACGGUAUCGGGACCGUGACAUGGAACGACCCCAACCUCCACCAGCUCUGAAUAUCCAGCCUCCGGCUGAUUCAGUGACUCCUCCACGGAAGUCAUUCUCUGUUCGACGUUCACGGAGAAGAGACCCAAGCCCAACCACUCAUCAUCAGGGGGGUAGCCAACCACAGCAUGAGGGUCUAUUGAGUGCCAGUGGCGGCUUAUCUAGAGCCGGGAAAUUUUUGGGUAGAUCAACCAGUGUCAACUCCGCCGAAUAUCGUCCUCGACGUGUUCUACAUAGAGGGACGUCGGGCAACGAGUCUCCAAUGCUUGUGCCUGAGCCACCACCAACCAGCGGCUCUGAUCAGUCGAGUGUGAACGCUGGUCGAGCUAGCAAGGGCGUGGAACUUACCGACAAGCCCGCUCCUAACGCCAGCCCUCUGACGACACCUCGCACCCCAACUACUACGCGUACCAAAUCCUUGGGCCACGCACGGCAGGAGAGCAUCCAAGCCCGGCGACGCCGCCAUGAAGAGCGCCGAGCAGAAGCUAACGUCCCUGAGGAGACUGACGCUGAGAUGCGAGAUGAGGUCGAUGUCCUUGACACACCCGCCAUUCCCGAUACCCCAGGGACCGAAAUCUCAAAGCCAGCCAGCCUCAAGGGGCUAUUCUCGACUUCAACUACCAGCAGUAAGCCACCUGAGUUCAUCAGGCAUGACAUUAUUCGCGUCUUGAAUCAGCUCGGGGUGCAAUAUACCGUGAUUAAGGGUGGCUUUUCUUGCAGACACGCGCCUAGCAUCAACCUCGAAGGGGUCAAGGAACCCGUAGCCGGGCUCGACGAAGACAGAAGUGGACGCGUUACGAGUGGACAUCAACGCCGGAUUUCAUUCGGCGGGGCAUUCCGGGGCAAAGAGAGAGAAGACAUUAGGGACGAUCGGCUGACCCGACAUCAUGCGAGAAGAAGACAACCAGACCAGAGCUUCGUGACCAACUCCGAGGGGUCGGAUGAGUACCUGCAACAAAAUCGAGGACCCGAGGCUCACGAUGGAGGCGCUACAAGAACUCGGGUUCAAGAGGACAGUGGCGAGCGAUUGGUGCUCAAAUUCGAGAUUGCAAUUGUCAAGAUCCCUCUUCUUUCUCUCCAUGGGAUCCAGUUCAAGAAGGUGCAAGGGGGAAUGAACCAGUACCGGUCAAUGACAUCAGCCAUUCUCAACUCAUUGAGAUUGUGA